AUCAUCUAUGGAAAGUGAAGGAAAGUAACCAAACAGCCCCUAAACGCGAUUGAUACCUAGGGCUUACUUUGGCCUCUCACACCCGUUAAAAAAAACGUCCACUAGCAAAUCGCAAUCGCUGCGUUUCCGCCCCCCUCAAAUUUUAUUUUGCCCUCAAAUGCCGGAGAAUCGCCAAAGACGGCGCCUUUUUAUUCAGUGUUGGGUGCGAUUGUGAUGUGAGAAAUGGCGAGGAAGCGAUGCAGGCUUUGGUGGCCGGUGGAGCUCUCGUCUCGGGAUCCGAGCGCCAACCUGCUGCUGUUUGGUUGGUGCUUUGAUUCUUCGACAUCGGUUGAUCUUGUGAUUGCUCACGCGAUUUCGGAAACUGAGGUUCUGGUAGCUCUUGGUCAACGGCUAGAGCUUCAGGAACUACUUCAGUCUAUAAACUUGAAGAUGCCUAUUCCACUACAAGAAGCCUCAACAUUCUGUAUGAUUGGGCAAUGUGCUGUGACUAUUCGAAACCAUCAAAGUGGCCCUGCUCCUAAAGGCACUCAAUUUCAUGGGUCGGUAGAAACUGAUGUCACAAGAACCAUCAGCUGCGAAUAUGGAAAUGAAAAUACAUUUUCUGCAGCUUCAUGUCUAGAGAAUAAUAAAAGUGGGAGGUGUGGUUGUCAGAUCCUAAAUCAAUCUGGUAACUGGAUUCACCUAUUACCAAAUCCCCAGAGAAUCUUGUGUAAAAAAUCCAGAUGGAUCCCAGAGUUCCAUCACAUGCAUCAAAAUGGGCUUUCUUGGUCCAACUGCGACGUCCACCUGAUGCUUUAUGAGCUUCCAACCUAUAGUAGACAUCAUUUUUCUGUGAGAAGUUGGGGUUAUGGCAAGCAGGCAAUCACACCCUCCAAGAAGCCCAAUUGGUUUAAUGAGCUUUACGAGAGAUCCAGAGCUUCUAAUUUAGAAGCAGUGGUGUGGGCACUUAACUGUGCAAGUGCUGCUAUGGUUUCUCUGAAGGGGAUUUCAACUGCCACAUGUCCUGCAAUCAACUUCAUUGUUAUAUCCAGGUUGCUAUCCAUGUUAUGGUAUGUGCUUGCAGUACUGUUGGCAUCUGUGUCUGUUGUCACUUAUGUUGUCCUUCAGUUGUCUCAUAGAUUUCUGAAGUUUGGACCGCAUACAUUCUUUUCAAUGAUACUACAUGAGGUGUUUACACAGACGUGGAAGAAUAUUCACAUUCGUAGUUGUCAGUUUCUUUAUUGGCCAGUUUUUCUUCUCAGUACUGGUUUCAGAGAGCAAUCAAAUAUUGAAUAUGCGCAUAUGGCUGCAAUAAGGAAGCAUUCUGUCUGGUCUAGCAUUGCCAUUGAUGUGAUUAUGGGAAAUGUUUUUGGUAUGGUAGUAUUAUCUAACAGCGGAUAUGUUUACUCUGGAACUGUGUUUAUUGCUCAGAAUAUAACCAACAAUUUGUUGCGGUCUGGUUGUGUGUGGCUGAUGGGUGUUCCAGCAGGCUUUAAGCUAAACACUGAACUAGCAGAGCUUCUUGGCAUGGUUUCACUCAAUGCAAUUCAAGUUUUCUCUACACUGUGGUUCUUUCUGGGUUUCCUUUGGUGGCAUUUCAUCAAAGGGCUUGCACUCUCUGGAAUCUUUUCAGGCUUAACUGUUUCUGCUUCUCUAUGUGUUGACAUGCUUAAAUUUGCAACAUUGCAUAUACAAACAUUGCAUUGGUUGAUGUCAUUUCUGUAUUCAAGACAAAUCCAGGCUUUGGCUUCUUUGUGGCGCCUUUUUAGGGGAAGAAAAUGGAAUCCUCUUAGGCAAAGGUUAGAUAGCUAUGAUUAUACAGUGGAGCAACAUGUCGUCGGUGCCCUUUUCUUUACACCUCUCUUACUUUUACUACCAACGACCUCAGUGUUCUACAUAUUUUUCACUAUCUUAUAUGCCGCUGUUUGUUUAAUCUGCAUUAUAAUUGAGAUAAUUAUUUCCAUCCUUCAUGCUACCCCCUAUACGGAAAUAUUACUGUGGGUGGUAAGGAAAAGGAGAUUCCCCUCUGGAAUAUGGUUUGAAAUCCUAUCAGGUCAUUAUGGAUUGGAGCAAAGGAAAGCCAGUCAUACAACGAACGUCACAGUGUUGAAUAAUGUGGUUUCUCUUGUCCAUACUAACUAUGCUACUCCAGCCUCUCUAUUCUCUCUCUCGAAUUCACUCCACCGUGCUGCCAUUUUCGGCCGCCAUCAAAGACUCUGUGUCAAAAGGCCACCGUUAAGGACUCAAGUGUCAAAAGGAACCCUCAACUGUCAACAACCUCUUUGGCUUCGUUUCUGGUGCAAAUCAUGGCGCCUAGUUACAGGAAUCUGUUUCAAAGGCUUAGGUCAUUUAUUGAUGGACCUUCACUUCAUGGGAUUCUCAGUGGACAGAGGAUUUCGGCUUCCUUGCAAAUUGAUCUCCGGCCAGCACUUCCUUGGAUGCAAAUCAGCUAUUGGGAGUAUUGGAGGUUAUGCCACCUCUCAAUACUUGGCCGCAGGGCAUUAUAUUGAGGAGCUCGAAUGAUCCAUCCAGUGUCUUCUUAAUGUUGCCGGGCAGAACUGCAAUGACUGUAAUUCUCUCAUUAUUUUUGUGUGCAAUGUUGCGGGUCAAAUGUCUGGAGUAGAGAAUUUGAUGAUUUCAUGAUCAUAAUUGCCUAAUAUAACGGAUAUUGUACCCUGUGAAUCACAGUUACUUCUUGCGUCAUUAAAAGGCUGCUUGGUUGGAUAGAAAUGGAGUUGCAAGCGGAAAUAGAACAAUUGCUUUUGUAAAUAUAUUGUUUGGUUUAUGACUUUGUAAUUAGAAAAGGUAAAUAGGCUUGCAUUUUGUAAUAAAAUCUUGCAACAAAUGCUACAUCCAAUUCG